AUGGCUAACUUCGAAGCGCCCGCGAACAACGAGUAUCAACUGCAAGGGAGGAUACUCCAGCUCAUCCCGUCGGAAUCUCAGCAAGAGGUGGAGGAGAACGGAGAGCUCCGCGCUAUCAGAGACCAUUGUAUCGCGGGUGAGGAGGUAGCCCAAGCGUUGAUUAACGAGAUCCUCGAUGGGAUUGCCAAGGCCGAAUCGAAGCUCGAGAGGGCCCGUCAGGCAGCCGAAGAGAUUUCUGGGACACUAAGGGGGGCAGGGUCCAGGAAAUCCAUUCAGUCACAGCAUGCAAAGAACACCUGGGCACGGUAUGAAGCGCUCCAGCGGCAACAGAACGAACACAUCGCUCACUGGCAGCAUGCGGCCUAUCGGGAGCAGUAUCAGGGGCUGGGGGAAGCACGGCUUGCGCUCAUGCAAGCGCAGGAGGCGUUCAAGGAAGCGCAGUAUGUGGUCGAACAGUUAGAGGCCGAGAGCCGGCAGGCACGGGCGAUGUGUGACAAGUGUCGUAAUGAAGAGCAUUCCAGACAAAUUCUCGGAGAGGUGGCGAUCAGUGCGGUGCUAGAAAAGCAAUCCAGACGCAGCAAUGGUGCUUGGGAAAAGAUCCAGGUGUCUCUCCCUGUUUAG